AUGACCGCUCCGUAUAACCCGAUCCAGGCGAGUUUCGAUAACGCAGCCCGAGAUUUCAAAGCUAGCCUCGGCGACAAAGAGUUGGUUGAUCAAAUCCUCACCGUGAAGACAGUCGACGACGUGUACGAUUUCACCGAUAAGCUGCAGAAAGAGCAGGCGAAUUCAGGUCGACUCAGGAAUCUGACCAAAAUCCAGCCGUUCCUAGAGACGCUUCGAAGCUAUGCCGGUGUGAUAGAGGUCUUUAUCCAGACGAAACAGGACGUGCUCUGUCUCAUCUGGGGCCCAAUCAAGUUCCUCCUGCAGUGGGCAGAUAAUGUGAAGAAGUCCUUUGACGCCAUCCUCGAUACUCUCGCAGAAGUCAACCUGCUUUUGCCAGAGUUUCAAGCUGCCAGAAACCUCUUCGAAAGCAAUGACUUGAUCAAGGAUGUCUUGGUCCUCUUCUUCCGAGACAUAUUAGACGUCUACCUCAUCACACUGAAAUUCUUCCGCAAGACGCGCUGGAAGUUUGUGUUCGAUGCCCUGUGGACGAAGCAGCAACGUGAAAUCAACGUGGUGAAGAUGCAGAUCGAGCGCCAUGCCAGGCUUUUACGUCGCGAGGUGUCGCUGGAACACAUCCAAGAGGCUCACGAUACAUACCUGCAAACUCGGGAUCACCAUGAACGAACAGAAAAAUCUCUUCGUCGACAGGAGUACCGGGCGAUCAAAGCUGACAUAGCUCCGCAGACAUAUGAGAAGAGGUUGGAUACUUUACAUGGCCGUACCUGUGAAGGGACGGGACAAUGGCUGCUUGCAGAUGCCACGUUUGGCAAAUGGUUGGAUAAGGCGAACGCAACAACACGCACUCUGUGGUUGCAAGGCAUCCCUGGUGCCGGCAAGACGUUUCUCGCCAGCACCGUUGUCCACGAGACCAAGAAUAUACAAGGGACAAGAACCAUUUAUGCAUUUCUGAGCGACACACUCCGAAGUACCCUUUCCGCACUUUCCAUCCUGCACUCGUUGACAUUUCAGCUGUCCGCGGGCCAGGACGAUCUUGAAGAAGUGGUAUGUCAAUCUAACCACGAGGAGCUGAAGGGUAGCGUCAAUGUUGCGAAUGGUUUAUUGAAAAAGCUCCUAGGCUAUGCUGGACCGACAUAUGUCGUUGUCGAUGGCUUGGACGAAAUCGACGAGCGAGAGGGCUGUCGACUGUUGAAAGAACUCCUUAACAUUUCGGAGGCUUGUCACGAAACUAGGCUCCUUAUCAGCAGCAGAGCCGAAGUGGAUAUCGGACGUCUGAUGAAAGACAGUCCGUUUGUCCGGGUGGACAGGGAAAACACUGAGAGCAUCCAGAAGUUCGUGAGCCAACGCUGUCAGGAGUGGUUCUCUUAUUGCAGCUUUCUGCCUGAAGCGCAGGUCGAGAUUGAGCUUCUAUUGGCACCCCUCGCGGCCAAGGCCAAAGGCAUGUUCCUUUACGCAGAAAUAGUCCUAAGAAGCCUGGCUUAUUUGGACGAUGUGAGCCAGAUCAAGGACGAGUUGACAGUUCUUCCGGAAAACUUGAACGCAGCGUAUGCCAGGAUCCUCAGCCGUAUAAAUUGCCUUCACCCUCCACUCAAGGAGAAGGUGCGGACAAUCCUUGGUUGGAUUGGCUGUUCACCGACGCCUCUCACGGUUCCCGAGAUUGAACAAGCCCUGGUCGUCAAUCGUUCUGGUGUUGAUGGUGAUGGUAAGGUCAUUGCUAGCCUCGAUUUACCCAAGAUCUGUGGGCCCAUCGUGGAAGAAGUUGACGAAUAUGUUCAAUUCGUUCAUUUCACGGUGAAAGAAUACUUCUUCAGUCCCAAGAUCGACGGCUUUAUUGGGCUACAAGAUGCGACCUUGAGCCUGGCGACGUGUUGUGUCUCCUACCUUUGUCAGAAGCACCAUGAGGCCGACUUGACAGACCAGGAAAUAGCGGACAACAUUCUCUCUGGUUCAUAUCGACUUCAAAAUUUUGCUGCGGCGAUGUGGCUUGAGCUGGUCCAGUGCUACUUUGAUUUGAACAAGCAGAAAGAGCCGCCUGACAGCCUUAUCCAUGUCCUCGAAGUGCUUGUAAGGGAAAGAAGCUCGGAAACAUACACAAGCGAAGGCGAGGAAAGCGACCAGCCGACUUUGAGGACCCUAGAAUCGAAGUCCCCAGAAUUGUACAAGAUGUUGUGCAAAGCAAUCCACUUCCGUCAGCUCUACUUGGAGCGGGAUCUUGAUGUGAACCAAGGUUCGGACUGGAUAGACUUUGACCCUUUGACAAUAUCAGACCUCUCGAACUGUCACUGUGAAGUCAUUCGAAGACACUACGGUCUACGCCCCUUCAAAUGCGGGCUCUUGAAUUGCCCAGCCUACAGACGAGGCUUCGAAUCGCUAUCCUCACUGAGAACUCACGUGAAGCGACAUGAUCGCCCUUGGAAGUGUAGCCACCAAGCCUGCGAGUUUGCAACAGGUGGGUUUCUGUCACGCAAAAUGCGAGACGCUCAUUUGGAGCGGUAUCACAGUGCAGAGAAGUCCAAAGGACAAGCCGAAUAUGUGGGCGCAGAGGCGGACGAGCUCAAGGCUCUUCUAUUCGACCUAAUAACAGCAGACAAUGUGGACGCAGUGCGGAGUCUCGAGACUGAAAUUAAGCAUUUGCGAUAUUAUCUGGAUUAUGGUAAGCUGUGCAACCAUGCGGCUUCGGUUGGAUCAUGGGCUAUGACCGAAAUUUUCGUACGACCGACCGAGACCGAGGCUCGCCUCGUAGAAGGACUGAAAUGCUCCAUCGAGGCCACAAAUAUGGAGGUUUUUAGGCACCUGUUGCCGCGGCAUUUUUUGCGUCUUGAGUACGACUCAUCUGUGUUCAAGGCGGUGAUAACCUCGGAAUCAGAGGAGGUAUACGAAGAAUGGGAAAAGCAGAUGCGCGUGACCACUCUAUCCGGAUCUGCGUCCCAUUUUAGUCGCUAUUAUUUUGGCCGGCAGGGAGAAUCUCUGCUGAGAGCUACUGCUGGCAUUCCUCACAAAGAAGCCAAGCUGCUUGCCUUUUGGGAGAAGAUUGAUUGGGGCAAAAUUCGGAACUUCCGUGAAGAUUGUCUGCGAACAAUCAGUCGUACAACGUGUUCCGUUAAUCUCGCGAAAUUCUUGAUCGACCACGGCUACGAUGUAGAUGCGACGUCAGGUGGAAGUUUCACCCCUCUGCGAUAUGCAGCUCGGAACGCAACUGCUGCUGGUGCAGACAUGAUGAAGUAUCUUCUAUACUGUGGAGCAAAUCCUGAAGCAUCACAUAGACAAGCAAAACGGAAGAUCAGCGAGGAAAGAGGUGCAAUGAAUAUCUCAAAGUGGCUUGGGAUCUCUUGGGACGGGCUUGUUGCCCAAAGCAGAGAGCACCGGGAAAAAGCUGGGAAAGCUGGGAAAGCUGGGAAAGCUGGGAAAGCUGUGGCAGAGCUGGAUCUUGAUUCUUGA